AUGCGCGCGCUGCUGGGACAUAAGAAAAAGGGGGUUGUGUUGCUCAUAUCCUCCAUUGCCGGAUUGGAUGGAGUGGUUAGUAAGCCGUUGUAUGCUGCGGCGAAGCAUGCGAUUGUGGGGUUUGUGAGAUCCAUGAGCGUUGCAGAGCAGCAGUUUGGGAUCAAGGGUUGUGGGGAUCUGUCCAGGACUGGGGAGGUUAGCAAAGUGGUUUAUAAGGGAUUUGAGAAUGACCCUGGCAAUACCACGGCGAUAGAGACGUUGCCAUGUGUGCGGCUGGUUGGGAAGCAGAUGAGGAAGCAGAUGGAACGCUAUGAUUUAACGAUUCAUAAAAUGAGGUAA